AUGUCUAACGUUUUUUCUUUCGCAUUUCUCCUUUCAUGCUAUCAUUCUUUUAUUUUUUUCCUUCCUUCAUCUUUUUCGUGCCUUCAUGUUUGUCCUUCCUUCAUUUUUUUCCUUCCUUCAUCUUUUUUCUUCCUUCAUUUUUUCCCUCCUUCGUCGUAUCGCAAUUUCUUUUUUAUUUUUCAUUUAAUCACGUUUCCCUUUCUACUGUUUUCCUUCAUCUUUUCUCUUAUCUUCUCUUUUCUCCAUCCUUCAUCCUUUUUCAUUCCUUUCUUUUCCGCUUUCUUUCUGUUUUCUCUUUCCUUCUCCCUCUUCCUUCCCUCAUAUUUUCUCCCUUUUCUCAAUUUCCCAUGUUUCGUUUUUCUUUUUUUUCUUUUCGGCACUUUCGUCUUUUCCGUUUCAUUGCCUCGUUUUCAAAAUAUAUCUUUUCUGCUAUCACCCAUAUUUUCCCACCUUCUCUUCAUACGUUUUUCUUAUUUCUACAUCUUUCUCCUUCUGGCUUUCCUUCAUGUUUUCCCCCUUCCUUUGUUUUUCUGCUUCACCUUUCCCAUUUUUUCACUUUUCUCCACUUCUAGCCUUUCACAUAUUUUCACCCAUUCUUCCUAUUUUUCCCUUCCUUCAUAUUUCCAUUUUCUUUCAUUUUUCUUCAUUUGGCUUUCCUUCAUUAUUUUUACGCUUCCUUUGUUUCUCUGCUUCACAUUUUACAUUUUUUCACAUUUCUCCACUUCUCCCUUUCACAAAUAUUUACCCUUUCUUCCUCUUUUAUACUUCCUGCAUCUUUUCCUUCAUUUUGUCUUUUUCAAUUUUCCCAUUUCCUUUCUUUUUCUGAUUCAUUUUUCCUAUUUUUUCACAUUUCCCCACUUCUCCCAUUUCACAAAUAUUCACCCAUUUCUUCCACUUUUCUCCAUCCUCCAUCUUUUCUUCUUCCUUCAUUUUCCUUCUUUUGGCUUUCUUUCAUCAUUUUCCCCAUUCCUUUGUUUCUCUACUUCACCUUUCACAUUUUUUCACAUUUCCCUACACUCCCCUUUCACAUAUUUUCAUCCUUUCUUCCUUUCCUCGUCAUUCACUUUCUUUUUCCUCCUCCUCUUUUAA